AUGGGCAGCCGCACCCGUUGUAUGGCGGAUCCCUCUUUUAUCUCUUCUAAGUAUAAGGAGAGGAACAGGACUGGGUUCCAUUUUUACACGGGAGACCUCAUUGGAUAUAGUGGUGCCAUCCUGGCAAUCAUCAGCAUAGAUGAUUACCCAGAUGCGAUGUCCGAUGUGGUGGAUAGGCCAUCUCGCACCCAAGGCGUGGACUCUGCGGACCUAGCGAGUCUUUCUUUGAGGCUCGCUUUUGGCCCCAGCCCUAAUAAUGAAGAAAGACUGUCGUUUGAGCAAAUGAACGACGUUCAGCGGCAGAUUGUGACGAUUCUGGCGGAGCGGGACGACGAGACAUGGAAGUAUGAUGCUCUGGGGUCGACUCUCAGGGAAUGGAAUAUUCCGGUUGUCAGUCGAGAGGAGCUUCAGCGCUUUGCAGGAUUGCCAGCAGGCUGA